AUGCACAUUAGAUCAAAACGAACAUUUCUCCUGACACUGCUGCUUACCACAUCAGCAACGCUCUUCUUCAUUGCUCUCUCUUGCAUGAAACGCCCAACGAAUCCCACUAGUCCCAUCGCCGUCAAAUUCGACAGCAAGGAAGACCAACUACCGUUCUCAUUUGACGUCUCCGAAAUCCUACAAGACUUCGAUAGCAGGUUCGCUCUGAGCCCGUUCAAGCUAGAUUCGCAGUCGCUUUACCGCGUCCACGAAUCUGCCAUGGUCGCCCACAAUGAUUCAUCGUUCGGCAACUCGACCGUCUGCCUCGCGACCAUAGCGUCCCUGGACCAUCUACGCUGGAUACCCGAGCUUUCGGAACACUGGACCGGGCCCACGUCCAUCGCGGUUUUCUACCGACGGACGUUAGACCUAAGGCUCCUGGUGGCCUAUCUGACACUUUUGAGGACGUGCUUCAAGACCAUCGGGGACAACUUCAACUUCCACUUCGUUACGCCUGCGCUCCAGAACUCUACGCAAGACGAUGUCGUGUUGUUAAAUUCGUUCGGUGUUGUGACGUGUGACGACCACAAGAGGCUUCUAGAAUCCUUCCUGGCGGUUUUGAAAGAACAGAAGUGGGAUAUGGUGCCCUUUCCGCAGAACCAUCUUCGUAACGUUGCCCGUGACGGUUGUGCCCGAAGUCCUUUCUUCUACUUGACGGACGUGGACGUCAUGCCACAGUAUGGACUGCACCGGCGCUUGGAUCGGUUCUUGAUGCGCAGUGCAUCGUGCGAAAAGUGUCUCUACGUUGUGCCCGCUUUCGAAGGCACCGAAGUGGCUGAACAUCCUAGGACUAAGAAGGAGUUGCUAGCAAGAACCGGAACCAGGAAAGACUUUAGAGUGUACCACCAGGUGGCCUUCUACAAAAACCAGCGCGCCACCAACUUUGACAAAUGGAGGAGACUCAAGGGCCAGGCUGAACUGCACGCGGCCUACGAAGUCAACUUCGAGUUUGGCUACGAGUGUUUCUACGUGGGCACUCACGACGUUCCCAAGUAUCGGGAGAUCAUCAUCGGCUAUGGCUUCACUCGGAACGUUCAGACGCUGGAGUCCUACCUGGCUGGUUUCCGGUUCCUGGUGCUGAGCAACGCCUUCAUGAUUCAUCGUGGCUUGCGGAGUAGCAACUGGAAUGCCCCGUACCGCAAUGCCGAAAAGAGACACAACUAUCAGGUUUUCCUCAGGUUCCGAAGGACCCUGCAAGAGCGUUACGGGAGAGGCAUGGAGUUCACAUGAACGGCGUGAACAUUCCUCAAUCAUUUCUGGGGGGUUUGUUGUAAGCGUUUCGGUUAAAAAGCCUGAGGCUGCGAAACGACAAAGGUAAGGUCAUGUCUUGUGACAUGAAAUGGUGUACAGCGUUGAUGGCAGAAAAAUAGUACCCAAACAGGUUUUUGGGUUGUAAUCCACGCGACAGAUUUAAUCUGUGGAGAUCAUUGAUGGCGCGGUGGAUACUGUGAUUAGUGUCAUCUUGAUGGGGACUGGUCCUUGGACUGAUGAUCCCUAGACAAAUGAUCAUUCCCAAAGGAAUUCCCGGAGUGGACUCCGAAGUGAUUCCAUGAAAAUAUUCCACAGUGGUUCCUGUAGUGGUUCCUUGAGUAGACUGCGGAGUUGACCCUGCAAUGGAUCCUGCAGUGAAUUAUGCGGUGAAUACUGAAGUGGACUGUAGGUGCGCUCUGCACUGGACUAUGCAAUGGAUUCUGCAGCGGUUUCUGAAGCGAAUUUUGAAUUGGACUCUUGAGUGGACU